AUGCGUCUAAUCAAAGGCCUCUUGAUAGCAAUCUACUGUUGUUCAACAUCAACGCAGGCCUCUACUUGGCCUUCAUCUAUCGAUGGGCAACCAACACCAGACAGAUGGUUGCAAAUUAGCUUGAACGAGACCGCUACAACCGAAUCCAGCCUUCAGACAAGGGAUUUCGAUCAUGCCAUUGUGGAGCGAACUUCCGUUACAGUUUGCGAGCGGAUUCUCGCUGCAACUGCAUCCUGUGUUGUGAUCACGAACUUUGCGAUUGCUAUGGCAAAAUCCCUUGCUAGUACUAUCAAGGAACUGUCCGAUCAAGGUUCCUGCAACACCAUGCGUGGAACCUACGAGUCCAUGUCCUGGGUCUACUACUCCUCCGGCCGAAACUGCGAUACGACAGCACAGCAGGCUACCAUCGCAGGCGCAAUCAAGAAGUAUCUCGAUGAUAUCAAUGGCAACAAACUUUGCGGCACUGAAUGUCUGCGUAUGGACCAUGGAGGCACGUGGGAUGGAUGGUUGAAACUCGGGCCCACGGCAAACUUCAAUUCAAACGCCUACUGUGGUCCUUCCCUGGCCUUUAGCAGUUGUCUAUCUGGAGGCAACGGCGAUAUUUGA